UGACAUCAAGAGGCGGCCCCAGCACCCCCCUUCUUCUGCCCCCCGCCCCCGAGCCGCGGCCAUGGACCCGGCGGAUCCGUCCUGCCCUGGCCCAGCUCAACACCUGAUUUCGGCGAGGUGACCAUUCUGGCUGCUAGAGUGAGUGUGCCAGCCUGAGCGAGGAGGCAGAGACAGCCUGCCAGGGCGUCUCUCACUUGUUCCCAGGGCCUGAUGUCGGAGGCCAUGGACCAGCCUGCUGAGAGUCCUGGAACGCCAAGGCCGGGAGAGGGUAGUGACAGCAGCACGGAGCCGGGCACCUGCCAGGAGCUCCUGCACCGACUUCGGGAGCUAGAGGCAGAGAACUCGGCGCUUGCCCAGGCCAACGAAAACCAGCGGGAGACCUAUGAGCGCUGUCUAGAUGAGGUUGCCAACCAUGUGGUACAGGCCCUGCUAAACCAGAAGGACCUGCGGGAGGAGUGCAUCAAGCUGAAGAAGAGGGUGUUUGACCUGGAACGGCAGAACCAGAUGCUGAGUGCCUUGUUUCAGCAGAAACUCCAGCUGACGACAGGCUCCCUCCCUCAGAUCCCCCUUACGGCACUCCAGCCGCCAUCAGAGCCACCGGCCUCUCCGUCCCUGAGCUCUGCCGAGGGACCGACCACCUCGCUGCCUCUGGGGCACUGUGCUGGGCAGAGAGAGGUGUGUUGGGAGCGGCAGCUGCGGCCAGGAGGCCCAGGACCCCCGGCCGCCCCACCCCCAGCGCUGGAUGCCCUGUCGCCGUUCCUUCGAAAGAAAGCGCAGAUCCUGGAGGUGCUGAGAGCCCUGGAAGAGACCGACCCCUUGCUUCUUUGCUCGCCUGCCACCCCUUGGCGGCCUCCAGACGAGGGUCCCGGCUCCCCAGAGCCCAUCAACGGCGAGCUGUGUGGCCCCCCUCAGCCUGAACCCUCCUCCUGGGCCCCCUAUCUGCUCCUAGGCCCUGGUAGCCUGGGAGGCCUGCUGCACUGGGAGCGCCUCUUGGGGGGCCCCGGGGAGGAAGAGGGUGCUGGGCGGCCCUGGAGUCCUAGUAGGGGCUCCUCCCAGGCCCAAGGCACUGGCUCUGGGCCACCCUGUGCCCCAGGCAGCAGCUCCUCCUCUUCCUCUGAUGAGGCAGGUGAUCCCAACGAGGCGCCCAGCCCUGACACCCUGCUGGGGGCCCUGGCCCGCAAACAGUUGAACCUGGGCCAGCUCCUUGAGGACACAGAGUCUUACCUACAGGCUUUCUUGGCCGGGGCUGCGGGCCCGCUCAGCGGGGACCAACCGGGUCCUGGGCAGCCAUCUUCCCCAGACCAGGGGCCCCCACAGGUGUCCAAGUCCAAAGGCCUCCCCAAGUCCACUUGGGGUGGGGGUACCCCAGAGGCCCACAGGCCAGGCUUUGGUGCUACCUCAGAGGGCCAGGGGCCCCUCCCCUUCCUCAGCAUGUUCAUGGGUGCGGGUGAUGCCCCCCUGGGCUCCCGGCCUGGCCACCCCUACUCCUCAUCUCAGGUGAAAAGCAAGCUCCAAAUUGGCCCCCCUUCUCCUGGGGAAGCCCAGGGACCCCUUCUACCCUCUCCAGCCAGAGGUCUCAAGUUUCUAAAGCUGCCUCCAGCUUCGGAGAAGGUCCCCAGCCCAGGAGGCCCCCAGCUCAGCCCCCAGCUUCCCCGGAACUCCCGAAUUCCCUGUCGCAACAGUGGCUCUGACGGCAGCCCGUCCCCGCUGCUGGCCCGCAGGGCUCUGGGUGGAGGAGAGCUGUCCCCGGAGGGAGCACAGGGCCUGCCCACCAGCCCUUCCCCCUGCUCCGCAGCCCUGGACUCUGCUCAGCUCAGACCUCCCCAGCCAGCCUUGUCUGCCACACUGUCCCCGGGACCCGUGGUCUCUCCCUGCUAUGAGAACAUCCUGGACCUUUCCCGGAGCACCUUUAGGGGGCCUUCCCCAGAGCCACCUCCAUCCCCACUGCAGGUACCCACCUACCCACAAUUGACUCUGGAGGUGCCACGGGCCCCUGAGGUCCUCAGAAGUCCUGGAGCUCCCCCUAGCCCUUGCCUCCCAGAAUCCUGCUCCUAUGGGAGUGCCCAGGAUAAGAGUUUGGACAAAGCCGGCUCGGAGUCUCCCCAUCCUGGCCGCCGGACCCCCAGCAGCUCAUCCAAGAAGCCCAGCCAGGGGGCAGGGCGGCGACCUGGGGAUCCCGGCUACACCCCUCUGCGGGACAGACUGGCAGCCCUGGGGAAACUGAAGACUGGCCCUGAGGGGCCAGAGAAAAAUGGGGUGCCAGCCAGGCCUGGCACUGAGAAGGUCCGAGGAGCAGGGAGGUCAGGGGAGAGCCCUGGAGACGUGGUGCCUCCCACCGCCAGGCCUACUGAGGGACCAGAAGCCAAGGGGGCCCUGCGGGGGGCAGUGGCCUUAGGCACGAGCAGCCUGAAGCAGCAAGAACCUGGGCUCCUGGGGGACCCCGGGGCCCGAGUCUACUCCUCCCACUCCAUGGGGGCCCGGGUGGACCUGGAGCCCGUCUCACCAAGGAGCUGCCUCACCAAAGUGGAGCUGGCCAAGAGCCGGCUGGCAGGGGCCCUGUGCCCCCAGGUACCCCGCACCCCUGCCAAAGUGCCAACCUCCGCCCCCAGCCUUGGCAAGCCCAAUAAGAGCCCCCAUGGCAGCCCGACGAAGCUACCUUCCAAGUCACCCACCAAGGUGGUACCCCGACCUGUGGCCCCCCCGACCACCAAGGAGCCCCCUAAGCCUGACAAGGGGAAGGGCCCACCUUGGGCAGACUCUGGUGGCACUCCGGCCCAGCCUCUGUCCCCCGCCCCUUGCCCCGCUGAGCCAAGCCAAGGCCCCGAGGGGCGGGCCCCACACUCGGCCAUUGAGGAGAAGGUCAUGAAGGGCAUCGAGGAGAACGUGCUGCGGCUCCAGGGCCAGGAGCGGGCACCAGGCGCCGAGGCCAAGCACCGCAACGCCAGCAGCAUCGCCAGCUGGUUCGGCCUGAAGAAGAGCAAGCUGCCGGCGCUGAACCGCCGCGCGGAGACCGCCAAGAACAAGGAAGGGGCCAGCGGGGGCUCCCCGCUCCGGAAGGAGGUCAAGACGGAGGCCCGGAAGCUGGAGGCCGAGAGCCUCAACAUCUCCAAGCUGAUGGCUAAGGCGGAAGACCUACGCCGGGCCCUGGAGGAGGAGAAGGCCUACCUGAGCAGCCGGGCCCGGCCACGGCCCGGAGGACCGGCACCAGGACCGAGUACGGGGCUGGGGCAGAUGCAGGGCCAGCUGGCUGGCAUGUACCAGGGCGCGGACACCUUCAUGCAGCAGCUUCUCAACAGGGUGGAUGGCAAGGAGCUGUCGCCCAAGAGCUGGCGGGAGCCCAAACCCGAGUAUGGCGAUUUCCAGCCAGUGUCCUCUGACCCCAAGAACCCCUGGCCAGCCUGUGGGCCUCGAAAUGGCCUGGUGGGGCCUCUUCAGGGCUGUGGAAAACCUCCUGGAAAGACGAACAGCGAGCCGGGAAGGCGGGAGGAGAUGCCCUCAGAGGACAGCCUGGCUGAGCCGGUGCCCACCUCACACUUCACAGCCUGUGGCUCCUUGACUCGAACCCUGGACAGUGGCAUUGGGACCUUUCCACCCCCAGACCAUGGCAGCAAUGGGACCCCCAGCAAGAAUCUUCCCAAGACAAAGCCACCACGGCUGGACCCCCCACCCGGAGUGCCCCCAGCUCGGCCCCCACCCCUUACCAAAGUCCCCCGCCGCGCCCACACACUGGAGCGUGAGCUGCCAGGCAUAGAGGAGCUGCUGGUGAGCGGGCGGCACCCUAGCAUGCCAGCCUUCCCCGCACUGCUCGCCGCCGCUCCGGGCCACCGGAGCCAUCAGACCUGCCCUGACGAUCCCUGUGAAGACCCAGGCCCUCCCGCUCCUGUCCAGCUGGCUAAGAACUGGACCUUCCCCAAUGCGAGGGCAGGCAGCAGCUCCACUGACCCUUUUCUAUGCCCGUCCCGACAAUUGGAGGGGCUGCCCAGGACCCCCAUGGCCCUGCCCGUGGACCGGAAGCGGAGCCUGGAGCCCAGCCGCCCAGCCCCCACACCCCAGGGCCCGGCGUUUGGAGGUAGCCGCACGCCCAGCACAUCGGACAUGGGCGAGGAAGGGAGAGUGGCCAGUGGGGGCCCCCCAGGUCUGGAGACCUCAGAGUCUCUCAGCGACUCCCUCUACGAUUCGCUGUCCUCCUGUGGGAGUCAGGGCUGAGGGGCUGCGCCGCACUACAGCCCCUCUCUGGAGUUGAAGACCACGGACUGGACCAGCUCUCCUCGUGCCCCAUCCCUCGGGGCCAGUGGAGCCCUCCCUGCAGGGACCAAGGAGGCAGAUGGAUCAGAAGGUGAAGGGGGUCCCUGACACACCCCACUGCCCGCCGCUGCUGUGGAGGAGAUGACCGCUCUCAGCUCAGGGAGAGACCCCGCCCUUGGUCCCUUCUCUCUCCUGGAGUAAGGCUCUUCCUCCGAGGGCCUGGGGGUUCAAGGUCGCCGCGUCCCGGCCCCCAGCUACCCCUUCAGGCUGAGCCGUCUUGUGGUGCUGGGCUUCCUGCCCCCCAGCUGUGCCAUCUCAGCCCAACCUGGCUGCUCCCUGCCCUGGAGCCCCGCGGGACCUGCCCAGAGUCCCCGUGCCGGUGGAGUUUGGGGGCGAAGGGUCAAGUUGCCUUCUCUCUCUGUCUGCCCUGGCCCUCCCUGCUGUCUGGAUGGUGCUGCCCUCCCCUGCCCCCAUGUCUUUGGGGUCCGUUUGUCUGUCUUUUUGUUGUUUUUUUAUAUUGAAGCGCCUGGCCCAGUCCCCACCCCCAGCCCCGCACUGCGGUUAAUUUAUCUGUCGUUAAGAACUCGGCUGCUCUGCUUCCAGCCUCUGCUUCUGCCCUAUUCCUAAUAAAAUGUGGAGGCCCCUCCCUGCCCUGGACUCCACUUUUUCUGUGGGAGGACUCCGGGGUUGACAGAUGGGCGGAGGCUGCAUGGGCAGCAGAGUGGGGGACCCCGGGGACCUAGACUUUGCCUCAGGUGCCCUGGUGAGGCAGCUCCCUGCCCCCCCCCACCGCCGCCAGCACAGCUGGUGGCGGGGUCACCGGAGGAGGUCACUAAGGGCUGGGGGAGCGGGGCCUGCUUGGUCUGGAAUGCUCCCUGGGGCAGGGGGAUUCCCCUGGGGUAGGGCAGAAGGCUGGGCUGUCUGUGGGGAGGGUGGCCGUGGGCCUGCGCUCAAACUCCUGUACUUACUGGCUGGGAUGGGGUGUGCCAAGUAAGCUGCAGGGGCGGCCGGGUAGACAGAGUUAAGUGUCUGUGGCCUCCCAUUGCCAGAAAGCAAAGCACAGCUGGGUCUCAAACUGUUGCCACCUUUUUUUUUUUUUUUAAAGAUUUUAUUUAUGUAUUUGAGAAAGAGAGCUUGAGUCGGGGAGGGACAGAGGCAGAGGGAGAAGCAGACUUCCCACUGAGCAGGGAGCCCUGAGACAGCUGGGCGAUCCCAGGACUCCAGGGUCAUGACCUGAGCCAAAGGCAGACGCUUAACCCUCUUAACCGACUGAGCCACCCAGGCACCCCCUGUUAUCUCUCCUCAGACAUUGGACUUUCCCCCCAGAUCUUCUUGCCCCUAUUUCUACCUCAGAUUUCUUUUUCUUUCUUUUUUUUUUUUUUUAAGAUGUUAUUUAUUUAUUUGACAGAGAGAGCACAAGCAGGGGGAGCGGCAGACAGAGGGAGAGGGAGAAGCAGGCUCCCUGCCGAGCAAAGAGCCUGAUGAGGGGGGUUCGAUCUCAGGACCCUGGGAUCAUGACCUGAGCCGAAGGCAGACACUUAACCAACGAAGUCACCCAGGCGCCUCUCUACCUCAGAUUUCAACCAGAAGUUCCCCUUGCUCUGAAAUUCUCACUUCAGGAAGGGGAGGCCAAGCGUGAGCCUGUGUGGAAGGGCCUAGGCUUCCAGGAGUUACUUUGUACUCUCCACACAGCCUGACAAGGCCUCGGGGUGGCGGUGGCCUUCUGGCCCUUGGAUUUCCCGUUGGGCAUGGAGGUGGGCAUUACCUGAGGGUAAACCGGGGGGCAGCAAGACCAUCACACCCUGGCCAGCCAAGCUGGGCCUAGGACGGCCUCCUUCCUGCGCAGGUUGUCAGGUAUGGGGUGACUUGUCUAGAGUGCCCACCAGACCGAGCCUGCACUUAGCCUCUCCCCGCGAUAUGUAGUCUGAGGGCCAAUGGGCAGGAUGCACUCGGUACCCCUGGCCUUGUGGCUGCGAUUCUGGACCGUUCAUCACAGGAGUGGGGGCCCUAUGCUGAAUACGUGGUCUGUGUUGGCCCCAUAGCUUGCAGAGCCGAGGUCAGGGGUGCCGGAGCUGGGCCCAUUCACACCUCAGCGACACCACUGGCUGCCGCUCUGUGCUCUGGCCAGCCCAAGGAAGGUGAGGAGGGUGUCAGGGCCUCCCUUUAUACUAGCUCCUUCCAGUGGUGUGUCCAGCCCCGGAAUGCUCCAGAGAGUGGUAGGAGAACUCCCCCAUUAAAAUAAACACCUACUAUACCCCCAGCCUCCUGAUUCCUAACGCCUCCCAGAGCCUCAUCUCAGAGAUGAAGACAUCAAGGCAGGGAAACGCUUAAUGGUUUUCUAAGGCUGAGAAGUGGUGGAGCCCGAUGAGAGUGUUUUCUUUUCAAGUGUGUGUACCUUGCCUUUUUUCUGGCAGGACUUCAAUCUCCUCCUCCCUUUUUGGCCUUGGAUCGCUCCUGAUGGGCAGGGCUUGAGAGCACUAGACGGGACCUCAAGAGUCUUAGCCAUUGAGGCCGGUUUUGUGGGAAAGUGGCAUCCUUGGUUUUCCUUAUCUAUGGAAGGAAGAUGAGAAGGUUGGGCCAGACCACCUUUGUCCUGAGCUCUCUAGUUUGUCCUCUGCCUCCUUUAAUCUGGCCUCUCUCCAUCCCAUUUCACUUGGUUGAUGUCCUGGAAGAAAUGAACAAGUCUUCGAGAAGAGUCAAGUCAGAUAUCUUGGUUUUCUCUGAACGUCCAAAUCCCAUUUUCUCGCUUCCUCCUCCUACCUGCUGUUCCUGUCCUGUUGUCCCUUCUGCGUGUAUGGGCUUGCUAACCUGCCUCUUGCCGCGAGGGCUCAUACAAAGUCCACAUCCUUCUAACUUUUUAUUUCUGGGUUCUUCCAGCGCCUUUCUCUGUUUGAACCUGAUGUAUUACCUCAUUUCCUUGUUCGCACAGAAUUGUGUGCUCGCCGGAUAUUUGCCCGCUGUCCCUUCUGGGAAGGAGUUUGGCAUGGUGGGUUUGACUCUGGACUCCCCCUCUGGCUAGCUGAGACCAAAUGGCCCAUCCGUGUUUCUGGCCCCAGGGUCUGGCCCGUCUGCUGUCAGGGUCUGUUCCGCAGGGUGGCAAAUGCAAGGUGUUGCCUUGGCCCCUGGGGCAGUGUGGGCCAAGCCACAUCAGCCAAGCGGGUUCCUUGGAGCCAGCCCUGCCCUACCGACCGUUCCAAGGUGGGCAGCUCUCAUUCCUAAAUCCCCCCGUGUCCAGCCCACGGAACUGUGUGUGCCCUCCAUCUAGAAUAAUCCGUGGAGGGCGACACACAAGUGAAUCAAAGACGCUCCCGGGGAACCAGCUUCUCCUGAUACUUCAAGGAAGGGUUUGGCUAAAAGGCUACUUGAUCUUCACUAUGACAGAACACUUCCGGUCUUGGUUGGCAACAUCUGCUUGCAGGAUUAAGGUGACCUCACUCUUUUCUCCAUGAACAAUGGGUGAUGUUUGCCUUACCAUUGUGUGUGACCCCUUCUGCUGAAUUUUCCAAACAGAGGAAGCCAUAGCUUCCAGGCCCUCUUUCUCCCCCUUCAAAUGGCAUCAAGACAUCAGCAAAAGACUGACAAGGUUUCAGAUCCACAUCCCCGGGCACCCUGCCUUUUACAGGAAAUGCCCUAAAAUGUUAAAAGGUUUUCUCUGGGUUGCCAAGAGUUUUUAUUGCUAGAUUUUUCUACAAAUAGUAUGCUUUGUUUUCUUUAUCAAACAAGGGUUUAAAAAAGAAACAGUCGGGGCGCCUGGGUAGCGCAGUCGUUAAGCGUCUGCCUUCAGCUCAGGGCGUGAUCCCGGCGUUCCUGGAUCGAG